ACGGCUACCACAGCGUUAUGCCGCAAUGAGAAGAUGAACGUUGGUGGUUGUUUCGUCCCUAUAUUCGUGUUAUUUGUUCCGUUUUUACGUAAUAUUUGUUGUGACAGUUCACACUGCACUGUAGACGAGUGUGAAUACAAACCUCAUGGCCCGCUGGUAAUGUGCAAAUAUUUGCCAAUAGAUUUCCUCCAGUGCGCUGAUGUUCUAGAUCUUCAGGGUAACGAAACUGCGCGAGAAGAACUUGGAUAUGGUUGUACUAAGUUCGGCGGGUCGAGCUACGAACAAGUACAAUUUACGGCCGUCAACUGUACCGUUUUGCCGAACAUAGAGUGCUAUGGCAAUAGAACGUUCUUGAAGGAAGGCUUUCCUUGUAUCAAAUACACUGGGCAUUACUUUACUACAACCCUUUUGUAUUCCAUCCUGUUGGGCUUCCUGGGCAUGGAUCGGUUCUGCCUCGGCCACACAGGCACAGCAGUCGGGAAGCUGUUGACGCUGGGCGGUGUUGGCAUCUGGUGGAUUGUCGACAUAGUUUUGUUAAUUUCUGGUCAUCUGAUGCCUGAAGAUGGCAGUAAUUGGAUGCCAACUGUGUAAUAUAUGUAUUAUCUGUGGUUCUACCAAGAUGAAACACGGUGCGUGUAAAUAUUUGUCAUAAAGCUAUUAUUGUACACUGUGAA